UGCUCAUUGCUCAAAGACCCUUUCUUCCCUUCCAAUCCAAACUCUCUCUCUCUCUCUUUCUCUGUGUAAAAGCUUCAACAACACCAAAGGCUUUUUCUAGCAUUUGUUUUUGAUUUUCUUCUUUUCUUAAAGCAAAGAAGUAAUCUUGAAAACGCUUUCUUUGCUUUUUUUAAUCAAUCAAGAAAAAGGUUGCUUUCAUAGCCAGCCAUGACUGAGGUCCUCCAUUCCCCUUCCCAUUUCUGCUCUUCCCCAAGAGCCGGCUCCUCUUCUUCUUCUUCUCCUCCUCCUCCUUCUUCUAAUUCUUCUUCUGUUUCGUUAUCGUGCGCACCCCCAUCUUCUUUAUCCUACGAGCCCCACCCUAGCGAAGAAGAAGAUUGCGAGUCUGCGGUGACUGACUGUGAGGUGAAGGACCGUGACAAGCGGAGAAGGGAACAGCUUUCUCUCUUGGCAUUGCUUGUAACCUUUUUCAGGAAAUCUUUGAUUCCUUGCAAGAGUGAUAGGAGGGAGCUUUGUGCUAUGGAGAUCGGCUGGCCAACCAAUGUGCGCCACGUGGCGCAUGUCACCUUUGAUAGGUUCAAUGGGUUCUUGGGUUUGCCUGUGGAGUUUGAACCUGAAGUCCCCAGGAGGGCUCCUAGUGCAAGUACAACAGUUUUUGGAGUAUCCACGGAGUCCAUGCAGUUGUCAUACGACUCUAGAGGGAAUAGUGUGCCAACAAUUCUCUUGCUUAUGCAAGGACGGUUAUAUGCUGAAGGAGGCCUUCAGGCAGAAGGGAUUUUCAGAAUUAAUGCAGAAAAUAGUCAAGAGGAGCAUGUAAGGGACCAAUUAAAUAGGGGAGAUGUACCAGAAGGCAUCGAUAUACACUGUUUGGCAGGUUUGAUCAAGGCUUGGUUUAGGGAACUCCCAGCUGGGGUUCUGGAUUCUCUAUCCCCUGAGCAGGUAAUGCGAUGUCAGACAGAAGAGGACUGUUCGCAGCUUGUGAGGCUUCUACCUCCCACCGAAGUUUCCCUACUGGAUUGGGCCAUCAACCUUAUGGCUGAUGUUGUCCAACAGGAACAUCUGAACAAGAUGAAUGCACGCAACAUAGCCAUGGUUUUUGCACCAAACAUGACGCAGAUGGCAGAUCCUUUGACUGCAUUGAUGUACGCAGUCCAAGUGAUGAACUUCCUCAAAACGCUUAUUUUGAAGACACUGCGAGAAAGGAAGGAUGCUGUGGUAGAGCCUCCUGUGUGCUAUGAAGAACCUUCUGAUGAGCAUGGACACCAGAGCCCUUCACAGUCCUGCGGGGAGGAUACUGGCAAAGAUAAUGAAGAGAAAGAGCAAUCGUUGAUUACUGGAGAACCUAUACUGGGAAGUUCUUCUAACUCUAACCAUGUCAAUAACCUAACCAAUAGAGAGGCUAGCAGUUCGAUAAGCUUGGUUGAUGGCGAUGGGUGUUGUGAUACUGCUGCACAAGUUGACAGCAUAACAGCGGAAAUUCAAGGCGAAUCUGCAAAGAACAAACCUGGUGAAUCGAGUAUCUCAAAUUUCAAAAUGGGGCCUAAAAGCACAAGUGAUCACCAGCCUGUGGUAUGGGGAACAGGGCCUGUUGAGAAGAAUAGGGGUAUCAGCAAUCUGAGUUGCAUAGAUUCAAGGAUGGAGCGGAUUGAAGCCUGGCGGUGAAGAAAGCUAAAGCUCUAUCCAGUUUGAUCUGUAACUGAAUCUAUGGCAUUGUGUGAAUAUAAGUUUGAUUGAUUUGCAAGAUUGUGGGAAGAGUUUGUGAAUUGUUGAUGUAUGUUUUCUGUCUGGCUGUGUGGUCUGCUUAACCUAUUCUUAUUUCAUGGAUGACACUCUGAUAGUAUCUAUCACUAACACUAUUAUUGGAGUUCCAUUGUGUUUCUGAUGUAUGCAUGAAUAAACCAUCAUUUUACU